GGUCUUUUUCUCCUCGUUCCCCGCGGAGAGCCGCCCCGGCGAGUCUUGGCACCUUUUUUUCUCUCUUCAAAAUUAAGAAGUUUCUCUGAAUCAUGAGCACAGGAGGGUUUUGAGAGUAGCUGUGUUGAGCUGUCCUACAGUAACACUGUGCUACUAGACACUGUGAGUAAGGACACCGAACCCAAAGAUCCAUUUCCCAUUCCAAGAAAGAUUAUGGCUGAACCGGACUACAUAGAUGAUGACAACCCUGAGUUAAUUAGACCUCAGAAAUUAAUUAAUCCUGUGAAGUCAUCCCGGAAUCAUCAAGAUCUCCAUAGAGAGCUGCUUAUGAAUCAGAAAAGGGGUCUUGCACCUCAGAACAAACCAGAGUUACAAAAGGUGAUGGAGAAAAGAAAAAGGGAUCAAGUUAUUAAACAGCAAAAAGAAGAGGAGGCACAGAAGAAGAAGUCAGACCUGGAAAUAGAGCUACUGAAACGGCAGCAGAAACUGGAGCAGCUGGAGCUGGAGCAACAGAAGAUACAAGAAGAGCAGGAAAAUGCACCUGAAUUUGUCAAAGUCAAGGGUAACUUGAGGAGGACGGUCCAGGAAGCUGCGGAAGCACCAGACUCAUAGAGGCAGCGCCCACUAAGACUUCCAGCUUUCCUGCUCUGGCUGCAGAGAGACUUUUGCAAGUUGUCUCACAUUUGCCCCAUCAAGAGGGAAAAGAACAGCAUUCACCUGACACUUACUGAAGAUGAGAUUUUUAUUUCCUAGGACGAGUGGAUGAUAGACUGUAACAGAUCGACUUGCCAAAUGCAGUUGUGGGACUGAUGCGUGGCAUCGGGAGUCUGUCAGUUCAGUGUCAUGGACCAGUGCUUAUGGAAGUGCUUACUCAGAGAUUCUAACCAGGGAUAGUGGGGAAGCUUCUUCAGUGUUGCACUGCUUUUUCUCUCUUGUGAUUCUAGUUUAGCGGAGGUACACAGAUGAUAUUUUGCUUUAAAUCAAAACAAACUCCUCCUGUGAUAUCUUAUGCAACUUUACUGUGCAGAUAAGUUUUCUCCAUCUAGACCUAAAGCCUGUGUAUGUCUCACAAUUUAUUGGUGUUCAGUUGGAAUUUGUAUCAAAUCUGGGAUGACAAGAGGUGUGUUGGUCAUCGAUGCCCAUCCCCACAGGGACAGGCACUUGCAGGCAGAAUGGGAAUGCUUAAAAUUCACCAGCAGUGAACAGGUGAGCAGCCUUAAAGCCCAAUUCUCCCUGUUUUGCAUGUAGAAUCUGGGCUAUGAAAGAGCAGAAAUUCGAUGAUCCUUUCACUAGAGAAUCAAGAAGCUGAUUUAUCUCUUUCUUUAAACUUAAAAUGUUAUGUACAGUGCUACCUGUGUAUUUACGUCUCUUACCUCUCAAUGCAAAAUGACCUGUCUUCUAACCUUUGUAUUUUUAAAUCCUACCUACUUUACUGCUGUGGCCUUUCUCCUCCUAGAACAUGCUGGUCUGAGUGCAGUGUUGGCACAUGACUCAUUUGCUGGAACUGAAAUCAGGAGUCUUUUCUGCCAUCAAUUCCUGCUCAGCUGUUGAAGGAAUUUUCUGUAGCUCCUGCAACAGAGCAGUGUUUAAACCAGACCAAACUGAUGGUUGGGAUUUACCAAAAUGGAGAAUUCUUCCCUGAAGUGAGGCAUAAAAUGACAUUCAUUUUAUCCCGUCCUUCCUCUAACUUCAACAGAGGGGAAAUGUUUUACCACCGACUCUUCAGGUCCAAUUCUGUCACGUUCUGCCUUUCUGCGAGUUAUUCCAUGACUUGCCAUUAAAUAAAAUACUGUUCAGUUUUAUAGGGAUGGCAGAAUCUGGUCCUUCAUGCUUAUGACUACUAGUUAUCCAGGAAAGCCUGGGAUGAGGAGGGGGGGAACAGAUUACUCAUGUAGGAUUAUAGAGUUGGAUUCUUACCUGGUGCGAGUAGAUGCUUUGUCUUCAGAAAGUGGGGAGAAUUCCUCAUCUUCCUUGCUUAGCAUGUUCCUAGCUUUCACUAAGGCUGUACUCAUCCAUAUCAGCUGAGGAUCUAAUCAUAGUCUUUGCCUUAGGAUGUUAAAUGAAAUGAUUUUGACUUUGUAUUUACAAAGGACGUAACUGUCCAAGAACACUUUUUACUAAUAUCAACAGUGGCAUGUUUGUAUUGUGGGGGAGGGUCUGUUGGUUUGAUUUUUUAGUUUCUUUUGCCUUUCCUGUAAGUAUCAGACGUUUUGAACACAAUUUCAGCAUAGCACGUGGCACAAAACGCUCACAAUUAGCAGUGUUUCUUAGAGACAGACUUCAGUUUCUCAAGAUCCAGGCAUUUAUUAUGAGGACAUAAUCAUAUCAGGAGUAAAUUGAAUUGUGAUAAGUGUAUUGCCAUUGAUUUAGAUUUGCAGUGUGACUCAUAUCUAGAUGAUUAAAUGUGAAGAUGGUCUGCCAGACCAUUCUGAUUAUGGAGUUACAAAGAACAAAGGCCAAAUAUAACUCUUUGUAUUUUCUCAGAAGAGGAACACUCAGUGCUGCAGAUUCUCCCUCACUCUUCCCCUAUAAGAAGAGGACCUACAGUUCUGGCACUUGCACUGCUUGGAUUUGUUCCAUAUUGUUGAUUGUUGGGACAGUGUUACAUACCAGAGUUCCAUGCCACACAUUUAACCUUACCAUUCUCCAGCCUACCCAGCUUUGUCUGUUGGAUUCCACUCUACAAUUAACCUGCUGUUCAGUGUGGAAAUGUCUGGGAAUCAGUGAGGAAACCCUCCUCUGGCUUCAGCAGGCUAUUUCUUUGCAGCCCUUUGUCUUCAGUGAAUGUGGCAAUCCUACUGUGCAGGCACAGCAAAAUGAGUGGAGUUGGGUGCAAUCCAAAUGGCACAGGAGUCAGUGGAGACAACAGUUUCUCCUUGACUUCUGUAAGCGUUGGAUUGGGCCUUCCAAAGCAGAAAGCGUGUUGCUUCCUCUCCAUAUCAGCUUGUGAUUCAGGGUAGUUUCAUGUUACGAAACACAGGUGGCCAGAAAACCCCCUUGUACAUACAGUGUGAAGUAGAUUUGUUUUUGUUUUCACUUCAGUGUGUUCAUUAGAGCAUCUUUGAAUCCUGCUGACCUUUUAGUCUAGGAACCCAAAUCACUCUCCUAUUGAUUUGACAAGCAAAAGCCUGUCUUUAAUGUCAGGAUUGGGCUGGGAUGAGUAGCUCUUUGUGGUAGUCAGCUAUCAGAGCAUGAGUGUCCUGGGCGGCUGCUUGCCAAUGGAGGUGAGCUCUUCCUGAUCUGUCCUUCAGCUGCAGGGGAUCUGAAGCAAUCCUGCAAAUACUUCAGUGAUUUGAAAAUGGCUUGCUUACUUUGACCACUUCUGCCUCUAAUAAGGCAGUAUUUUUAAAAAAUUCUUGCUUUUGAUAGUAUAAUAGUAAAUUUUUUAGAUUUUUUGUGGCUUUAACCUUCUGUUAAUAUCUGCACUUGUUUGAGUGUACAUAUAUAAAUAUAUAUAAAUAUAAAAAAGGGAGCCUUAAAGGAUUUGUUUUCAUAAUUUAAUAUUUUUUGUAUUUGCUCUUGUAUAAUUGUUUUUAACUAAAGGUAUUACAAAAAUGAGGAAUACUUAGAACCAAAGUCAUGCUUAAUAAAAUCUUCUACAUGCUUGGA